GCCGGCGCACAGUCAGCGCAGCUCUCUCCUGAAGCUUCAGAGCGACGGGAGUUGCUGCUUUUUCACACAUUUUCUUGGAUAUACCAUCAUCUCGCCAAAAUGAGACUUAUUUAUGUUGCUGUCUUGGUUGCGGCUUUGUUGACAGAAAAUCUAGCGCUUCCAGUGGGAAAAGAAGGGCAGAGAGAAGAUGUGGUCACACGCUGUUUGGUGGAAGUCCUCUCCAAAGCUCUCACCAAACCGGACUCCAGGCUGGACCAGGAAUGCAAAGGCAUUCUCCAAGCAGGGGUUAAACAUGCCCCACUGGACAAGAAAAGUGGAGAGGGGAUAGCAACUCAUGGAGAGCUGGCCAUAGGUCAACCCGAGGAGCCUCAGGCGAAGGGAACCGAUGUGAAAGACAUCGAAGCUUUCUUGAAAACCGUUGAGGAAAAAAGAGAAAUCCCAGAAGACGAGCGCAGCCAGGAAUCCUGGAGUCUUGGUGACGAGAAGGAGAAGAGACACGAGAACGAAGAGGAAGAACAGCGGGAGAAGAGGAGCGGCUGGAGGCCUGGGAGGUACCACCAAAAGAAACACAAACGAGACCAAGAAGAAGUAGAGGGGGAGGAGCCAGAGGAAGAGCGUAGCCAAGAGUCCUGGGAUGUAGACAAAAGGAACGGGGGCGAGGACGAGCAGGAGAUAUCAAAGCGCAUAUGGAAACCAACACAUCGUUAUCACCACAAGAAAAAGUUCCACAAACGUGGUGAAGAGGAGGAAGAAGGUGGCGAGCGCAGCCAGGAAUCAUGGGGUCUUGAUAAGAGGGGCUGGAGGCCAGGAAGGUACCACCAGACACGACACAGACGUGAUGAAGAACUCGCAGAGGAAGCCAGGGAAGAGCCAGAUGAAGAGCGCAGCCAGGAAUCAUGGGAUCUUGAUAAGAGGGGCUGGAGGCCAGGAAGGUACAGCCAGAGGAGACACAAGCGUGAUGAAGAACUCGCAGAGGAAGCCAGGGAAGAGCCCAAUGAAGAACGCAGCCAGGAAUCAUGGGGUCUUGAUAAGAGGGGCUGGAGGCCAGGAAGGUACAGCCAGAGGAGGCACAAGCGUGAUGAAGAGCUCGCAGAGGAAGCCAGGGAAGAGCCAGAUGAGGAACGCAGCCAGGAAUCAUGGGAUCUUGAUAAGAGGGGCUGGAGGCCAGGAAGGUACAGCCAGAGGAGGCACAAGCGUGAUGAAGAGCUCGCAGAGGAAGCCAGGGAAGAGCCAGAUGAGGAACGCAGCCAGGAAUCAUGGGAUCUUGAUAAGAGGGGCUGGAGGCCAGGAAGGUACAGCCAGAGGAGGCACAAGCGUGAUGAAGAGCUCGCAGAGGAAGCCAGGGAAGGGCCCGAUGAAGAACGCAGCCAGGAAUCAUGGGGUCUUGAUAAGAGGGGCUGGAGGCCAGGAAGGUACCACCAGACACGACACAGACGUGAUGAAGAACUCGCAGAAGAGGCCAGGGAAGAGCCCGAUGAAGAACGCAGCCAGGAAUCAUGGGAUCUUGAUAAGAGGGGCUGGAGGCCAGGAAGGUACCACCAGACACGACACAGACGUGAUGAAGAACUCGCAGAAGAGGCCAGGGAAGAGCCAGAUGAAGAACGCAGCCAGGAAUCAUGGGAUCUUGAUAAGAGGGGCUGGAGGCCAGGAAGGUACAGCCAGAGGAGACACAAACGUGAUGAAGAACUUGCAGAGGAAGCCAGGGAAGAGCCAGAUGAGGAACGCAGCCAGGAGUCCUGGGGUCUUGAUAAGAGGGGCUGGAGGCCAGGAAGGUACAACCAGAGGAGGCUAGGAAGGUACAACCCGGAAGUUAUAACCAGGAAGGUACAACCAGAAGAAGCGCGAGAUGAGCCUGAGGAAGAGCGCAGCCAGGAGUCCUGGGGUCUUGAUAAGAGGGGCUGGAGGCCAGGAAGGUACAACCAGAGGAGGCCAGGAAGGUACAACCCGGAAGUUAUAACCAGGAAGGUACAACCAGAAGAAGCGCGAGAUGAGCCUGAGGAAGAGCGCAGCCAGGAGUACUGGGACUUUGACACUGGAAGAGACAAGAGAGAGUGGAGGGCGGGCAGGUUCCAUCAGAAGAGACCCAAACGUGAAGAGGAGCUCUCGGAUGGGGAACGCAGCCAGGAGUCCUGGGGCUUAGACAAAAGACAGGGAACAGAAGAGGAAGGAAUAGAAAAGCGUAUAUGGAAACCGACACAUAGAUACCACCAUAAGAAGAAGUACCAUAAACGUGGCGGAGCAUCAGAAGAAGAAGAGGGAGAGCAGAUGGCUGCCUCUGAGGAUUAUGAGGAGGCGGGAAAGGACGGGGACGACGCAACAAGGUAUCUGGCAGAGAAGCCCAAUCCCUGGAUUUACAGAGGUUUCUACCAUCCUGCAUGGUAUAAAAGGGAUUCAGUUGAGCAUACAGCAAACUCAAACAAGAUGGACGAACUGGCCAAGUUGCUGAGCUAUAAGAUAGACCAGCUGGCCAGCCAAUCAAACCAAGAGGAACCAAAGAAGAGCAUGCACCAGAGAGUACUCACCCCGCGGGAGAAGGAGCUGGACAACCUAGCAACAAUGGACACGGACCUGCAGGAAAUCGCUGCCAAGUUGCAUGACAACAGCACAUAAGCCAAGAUGGAAGAGCUGCUAGCUUACUGUAUGUUAGCUAAUUCAGUGUUUAAAAGACAAAAACAUCCAUCAAAUCUGGAGCCUUGCCAAAAGCAUUUGAUCAACUUGCUUAUCAUAGUAUUUGUGAUAUUUUGAUGUAUUGAAAUGUAAAAUUUGAAAAUGAUCCGCAUGGGAAUGGUUUUGAUGUUUAUAUACAUGUAAUAAGAA